AUCGCCAUCUCAUCCACGACUCUUCUCGGUGACGGUCAGCCAUGCAGCCCCUGAGCGGCACAGAAGUGUAUUCAUUGGGGAUUCUGUCCGUCGCUUGCAUCGCCAUCCUCAUCAACGCUUGGCAAAGUGAUGGCGAGCCUCUUUACGCGUCACUCGCCAUCAGUGGUCUUGCAUUUGCAUUUUCCUACGCGGUAAUACGAUGGACGGGCGAUGUCUUCCUCAAGCGAGGCUACAAGGGAAAAGAUCUCUCCAAGAAGAAUCCCAUUGAAUUACCGGAGUUGAUGGGACUGAUCAGCGCCUUGGUCUACCUCCUCGCCAUCAUCAAUUUCCUGCCGUUUGCCUUCAAGCGAGACAUGAUCCAGGUGACGUCUGCGGCGGGAAACAUGGAUGCGAUAUUGGAGGCACAGCAGCUCGAGACAGGCCGAUUUCUCCACCGCUUCCCCCUGAGAAAGGCAAGGCGACUUACCCGCAUCCUGCCGUGUCACCUCGCCUCCUAUGGUUUCGCAUACGGAACGCUGGCAUCUACGAUCAUCCUCGGCUUCCUGGACGAUUCUUUUGACAUGCGAUGGAGACACAAGUUCUUCAUCCCGGCAUUUGCGGUCCUGCCCAUGCUCGGUCUGUACUAUGUGGACUUUGGAAUCACGCAUGUCGUGGUUCCCCUCCCACUGCGUGGGUAUCUGGGGGAGCUCAUCGACCUCGGUGGGUUGUACUACGCUUACAUGGCAGCCAUUGCGAUAUUCUGUCCCAACAGCAUCAACAUCCUAGCAGGGGUGAACGGGAUCGAAGUCGGUCAGUCUUUGGUGAUUGCAUCUUUGAUUGCUUUGAACGAUGCGUUGUACCUACUACCGACGGUACAGCAACCGCAUCCCGCAGCGGAGUCACAUCUGUUCAGCAUCUACCUGCUGCUGCCGUUCAUCGGAGUCUCGCUUGCGCUGCUGCGGCACAACUGGUUCCCUGCACAGGUGUUCGUCGGAGACACAUACUGCUAUUUCGCAGGCAUGCUGUUCGCCGUGGUGGGCAUCCUGGGACACUUCAGCAAGACCUUGCUCCUCCUGCUCAUCCCCCAGAUCUUCAACUUUGUGUACUCGGCACCGCAGCUGUUUGCUCUGGUCCCGUGUCCGCGUCACAGAAUGCCACGUUUCAAUGCGCGGACCGGGCUGCUGGAAGCUUCGGUUGCGACGUUCGACACGAAACCACUGCGGCCGAUUGUCGGUGAAGUGCUGAAGAUUCUGCACACCCUCAAACUGCUGCGGGUCAAGGUGGAUGCGACGACGGGAAGGGUACUUGAAACGAGCAACUUUACCAUCUUGAACCUGUGGCUGGUCUGGAGGGGUCCACUCCGCGAGGACAGGUUGGCCUUGGAGAUUCUGGCGAUGCAGACCGCCUGUGGUCUGGCCGGGCUGUGGAUCCGGCACAGUUUGGCUCUCCUCCUGUUUACUGCGGACAAUAGAUGA